CCCGAUCGUGACCAUGUUGCCUUGAAUCUUGAUCGAGCUCCAUGCACGCCGCUGUAUAACAAACGGUAUAUAAAUGGGAAUAUAGAUUGCGCUGGCAGGCCAUCUGCCUUGGAGGAGCUCGUGCCUGGCCUGGCCUGCCAUGGCACACAAGGACGAAGAUCUGCCAUGCCAUGCCAUACCAUGCCAUGGGCGCUAGGGAGCGGCUCUGGUCGAGCAUUGCUGCAUGCAUGCGUUGACUGGCUGGCUGGCUGGGAUGGCGUAGUUUACCUAGGCAAUAGAUAGACAAUUGAUAAUAAUUCCACACGGACCGACGGACAUCGAUGCAUCCACACCCACCACCCAUUUCCUCUAUCCAGCCCCGAACACAUACCCAAGUAUCCAAGGAAGCUUGCUUUGAAACAUGGUCGAACCCCAGCUCAGCCAAAAGGCCGUCGAGGGCUUUGCCCAAGCCGCUCUCUACGACCAGCAUCGCCCCUCGUACCCCGAUGAAGCCGUGACGGCGCUGCUCGAGGCUGCCAAGCUCAUCGGCCUCGACGCCGCCAGCCUCGUCGACCUCGCAGCCGGCACGGGAAAGUUCACAGAGGCGCUCGCUGCCAGGCCCGAACGCUUCAGGACGCUCGCCGUGGAACCCCACGCGCAGAUGCGUGAGCAGCUGGCCCGCAAGAACCUCGACGACGUCACCGUGGCCGAGGGUUAUUCCACCGCCAUCCCCGCCGCCUCGGAAACCAUCGACGCCGUCUUCGUAGCACAGGCUUUCCAUUGGUUUGCCAACAGAGAGUCUUUACACGAGAUACACCGAGUCUUGAAGCCACUGGGUGUUUUGGGUCUUAUCUGGAAUGCUGAAGAUUGUACGUCAUGGCCCCAUUUCUUUUUUUCUCUCCCAAAUCGUCCGUUCAACCAUCAUCACAUGUUUAUCGCGGCGGCCCACACUAUCAACAGCAUUUCCUCAACGCUUUUUCACCUCUUCCCUUCCCUUUCCUUUUAG